GCGUCGACAGGUGUGGUGUGGAAAGCGUUGAACGAAUUGAGUAAAGCAUAAGUGCUUUGAAAUAAGGCUUUGCUUUCAGUAAACAAUGAAAUGAAUAGAAAUUGAAUUGCAAUUGAAUUUUGAGACAAGAGUUGUAUUGAAUUGUUUGCAUCCGUGAUCUGAUCCAAAGAAAUGGGUGUUUAUCUGUCAAAACCCAACACCACGUUAGAGGCAGAGGACGGCCACACGUCUGGACUGGUGUUCGGCGCGGCGUCUAUGCAGGGCUGGCGCACCGGACAGGAGGACGCCCACAUAGCUAUCGUGGACUACGACAGCGACACCGCUUUGUUCGGUGUGUUUGACGGACACGGAGGCGAAGAAGUGGCCAAAUAUUGUGCCCAACAUUUGCCGACUUUCAUAAAAUCAUUGAAAUCAUACCAAAGCAACCGAUUUAGCGAUUGUCUGGAGGAGGCGUUCCUCGAGUUCGACAAGACGUUGACUCGACCCGAAGUGAUCCACGAAUUGAAGAUAUUGUGCGGCAGUCAUGAGAUGGAGGACGAGAACAGCGACGAUGAGGUGAACGAAGCGAUUCUGUUGAGCGAAGAGGCGAACCUUCCCAUCGAGGAUCUGAUGGCGCGCUAUAACCAGACGACACCCCCGACAGAGGAUACGGAAUGCAGUUCCAGUUCGAGCGCUAAAUCAAGACUUGCCAUCCCUUCGCACAUGAAGAAUGAGAUGUCGAGUAAAUCGAAACCUAUUUCGCCAUUUCUUAGAGCGAAGAGGAAUGCGAGCUAUGAUUCAAACCAUGAAAGCGGCGAAUUGGCCGAAGAGUGCAGUUCGUCCAGUGCUUCGACUGGUGUGCCAUCACUUCCCACACCUGACUCUCAUUCGACAUCACAGCCCGACAGCACUGAAAGUACUAAUAAAAUCGAUUCCGAAUCCAAUGAACAAACGAACAACGAAUCCAUUGAAAAGAAUGGCAAACAUUUGCCGACAAACAAUGGCUCGGAUGAAGAGCCGACCAGUUCUAUAGGCGAUGGUGUGUCCAGUGAUGACAAUCACAAUAAUUCUGAUAUUUCCAAGACUAGUGAAAAUGACAACAAUUGUGAAGCGAUUUGUAGUGAAGAAUCCAUCACUUCUUUGCCAUAUAAAGGAAAGGGUAAACACAAGAAGAUUAUAUCUCCCAUAAAGGAAGACCCCAGCGAUAAGCCCGACAGCAGUGAAGAGACCGAUAAACCUAUUUAUGAAUAUUUCUUAAAAGAUAUGGACGAAGAAGAAGAGGACAGCGACGACGAGGAAGACUUCAAAGGAAAGGGCGAGUCAUCUGAUGACGAAGACGACGACGAAGAGGAUGAAGAAGAAGAGGAGACGUCGGAUGAAUCAGAGGACGAGUCGGAUGGAGAGGAUGAAGGAGUGGAGCCACCGAUACCAUCGUAUGGCAAUCCUGGUUACGACAGCGGCUGUACGGCUGUUGUGGCGCUUCUCAAAGGGAGUGAGUUGUUUGUGGCGAAUGCCGGCGAUUCUCGUUGCGUUGUCUCACGAAACGGACGCGCGAUUGAGAUGUCUAUCGAUCACAAACCGGAGGACGAGUUGGAAAGAAAUCGCGUGGAAAAGGCCGGCGGGAAAGUGACUCAAGACGGGCGCGUCAAUGGAGGGCUCAACCUUUCGCGCGCUAUUGGAGACCAUUCCUACAAAAACAACAAAAGCGUCUCCGAUAGGGAACAGAUGAUCACUUCACUGCCAGACGUCAAGACAUUAGGUCUCGAACCGAGCGAUGACUUUAUGGUGAUUGCCUGCGACGGCAUUUGGAAUUCAAUGACUUCCCAACAAGUGGUCGAUUUUGUUGGUCAACGUAUCAAAAAAGCGGACAAAUUGUCUAAAUUAUUCCGGACCUGUUUGGCGCCCAACACUCACGGAGACGGCACCGGCUGUGACAAUAUGACUGCUGUUAUCGUCAAGUUUUUGAGCCAUUCAUCUAAACGCAAGUUAGAGGACAACGAAGAAGUGAAUCACUCGGAAACGGUUGUAACCGAUGGACCAGAAAACAAGAAACUUAAACCAAACGACUGCCCGAACGAUGACUCUAAAGGCGACCAAAGGUUGGCCAACGAAAGCGAUGCCAGUGUUUAAUGACUAUCGCAUACAAAUCAAGACAAUUAAGGUUUUAGAUUUUAA